UUCAGUGGGCCUCUGUGAUAAGUCGCAUAACAAUGGAUCAAGACAGAACAUGGCACACUCUCAUGAAUUAUUUGAAGAGCAAUAACGACAACGUACUUAAGUCAUUGACUGGUCUGCUUCGAAAUCUUACAGUCCAUGCAAGGAACAAGGAGGAUGUUGCAAUCAAGCUCAUUGGACCAGUCCUGCAGAAGUUACCAGAGGAUGGCAAUUCCUCUUCACCAUCAAACGAGGUGGCAGCUAAUAUUUGCAUGAUACUUAACAAUCUGGUUGUGGAGUCUAGUGAAGCUCCAAGACAAAUUGUAAACCAUAAUGGAUUAAGGAAACUCAUGAACAUCAAACACCGAAGAGAUAGGGAAGCUGAGAAAGCAGUAAAAGCUGUCUGUAGCCUUUUGGGAAAUAUGUGGUAUUACAAGUCCUUGCAUCGUGAAUACAAGUCGAGAGGUUACCAAAAAGACGCUUUUGUGUUCAACUAAGGUCAAGUCUGCUACCGAAUGCCUCAAUCAAAGCUACAGACAAGUGGAUACUACUGAAGACUCCUCCCCAAGAAGGAUAACUUCACUGUUAUCUGUUCCAUUUUUCUUUUGUAUUUGUUGCAAACUGCUCUCGGGUUAAUGGAAACCAGCCCUCCCUGGGUCUGAAUCAACUAAAACGUUGGGACUGAACAUCACCUCAAGGAACACAGAUGUUCAAUGACUCUGUGAAAUUUGUAUAUUCAAACUUUUGAUAAGUACAAAAGAGAAGUUUUUUCUGUCUACACUGUCCUUCAAAAUGUAGCAGUGAUCCAGACUUUAACUUUUUUGUUCAUUUUCAAAGUAAUAUCAUUCUAAAUAAUAUUUUAGUACUUCAAUUGUAAUCUCAAGUUCCUGGUUCAACUCCUAGCAGUCUAUACCGCGACAAGCUGCUUGACUUAAUAGAAUCUACACCCUUUUAACUGAUGGGUCAAGUUGUUUAGCAACCUAAUUGAAACAAGUAUACCUGAAAUGUAUAAAAUCUUGUAACUUCCAAGGUGUCCAAACAGUGUAUAUUACACUUCAUUCUACAAUUGUGCACUCAGCUAGUUUUCAGACAACAAAUUUAUUUGCUGUGUUCUCUUCCUCCCACCUAUUCAAUAAAAAAAUAGAUUUAUGAUCGAUUUGAGAAAUUAGGUAGCAUGGAAUGGGCCCUAAUGGAAUCAGCAAACUAUGAUUAAUGAGAAGAGGCAGUGUUAAAAUGCCUAAAAGACCAAUGUUAACAAGAUUCAUGUGCUAACAUAAUAAAGAGUAGUGAUAAAUUCUUGGAGCAAUCCAUAUUAAUUAAUUUACAAUUAAUUGAUUCAGAUAAAAUGGGUAAUAAAUCCUGGUCCUGCCAGUCAAUGCCCACAUCCUGUGCGUAAAUUUAAAAGAAGGCAGGAUUUCAAUUACAUCAAUUCCAACACUGAUUUCAACGAGGAAGUUACCAGAGUGCAUCGGAACACUUUCCAAAUCUUAUGAACUGAAAGUAUUCACGCUACAGUUGCUGAACGAAAAAUCUUUGGGUCAACCACAUGUAGGAACAGAGAAACAAAGAAAUAAAUUUGGGAUGUUGUCAGAGUUUUGGUGGUGGUUGUCCAAUCAGAAUGUGUAGAUAAUGGAUAUUCUGGGGCAUGGGAUUUUAAACAUAAUAGCUUAUUAUCCUUUUGAUAAAUAACAAACAAUUAAGAACAAGCUUUAAAGAGUGUUUGUUUAUUUUAGGAGGAACAAUUUGUACAUAAAAUGUAUAUCUGCAUAAUAAUGUCUCCCUCCCACUGCCUUCCAGCAAGUUGAUGGAAAACUUGCUAGGUUCUUUGUAUUGUAAGAACUGUAGCAGGAACUUAAAAUACAUAAUCCCAUAGCAACUUGCAACCUUUCAUACAGGCCAACUGGCUGGAGCAGAGGGGGUCCUUGGCUUGUAGGAGAACCCAAGUCUGCUUCACCAGUGGCAGAUGUUCCACAUCUUCUGUCAGGGACAGCAGGACUUAACAUUGAGGCUGGGAAAUGAGAAGGCAGCUAUUGAACACAAAGUAGCUAAAGUGGUUCAGGGCCUGCUAGAACCGAAGCCAUAUCUGGAGCAUGAGUAGCGACUGAUGUAGACUGCAGAGCUAGAGAAUGAAGACCGGAACAGUCUGCAGGAGUGUUUACAGUCAGACUGGGGAAUGGAAAAACGGUUAUCUGAUUCCUAUAGACUAAGCAAAUUACUAGAAGAAAGAUUUAUCAAUUGUGGAUAUCUUCCAGAUGGUUGGAAAGUGACUGUCUGAAUUAGAAAAGGUGAUAAGACAAGAGUUGGACAAUUGUAACACCGUAGAUAAUUGGGUGAAUAAUUUUAUUCUCUGUAAAUGUCUGUAUUUUUUUAUAAAGAAGCUGUGGUUGUCCUGAUUUUAUCUGUUAAGCACCACUUUCUUUGCUUUUAUAAAAUUGUACGGAUGCUUUGCUUUAUCAGCUCAAGAAAAAAAAAAUAAAGUUUUUUUUAUUUAA